AUGCUCAACCUACGUCACUAUUCGAGAUGUCUGCGACGGCUCUACGGAACAUUACAUUCUGAAGAUGUGAACCUGGUGGAAAUAGGUAAUAAAUGGAAAUCCAAGGUCUUGAAAGGUGCCCCAUCGAUCAAGAAACAGGACGAGGCUAAGAACAUAUAUAUUUUGUCUAUGUUCCCGUAUCCCUCGGGAUCUCUCCACAUUGGUCAUCUCAGAGUAUACUCGAUAACGGACGCGCUAAAUCGAUUUUAUCAACUCAACGGAUAUCAAGUUCUUUACCCAAUGGGCUGGGAUGCCUUUGGUUUACCAGCUGAGAAUGCCGCCAUUGACCGCCAAAUAGGUCCAGCAGCAUGGACUGAACAAAAUAUAACUAAAAUGAAGCAACAGAUGGAUACAAUGCUGGCGAACUUCGACUGGGACCGUGAGGUCACCACUAGUCAUCCCGACUAUUAUAAGUUUACACAACAGAUUUUUCUAGAGCUGUACAAGAACGGCUUGGCUUACCAAAAAGAUGCUGAGAUAAACUGGGAUCCUGUAGAUCAGACUGUACUUGCCAACGAGCAGGUCGACUCACAAGGAAAGUCCUGGAGGUCUGGUGCGAUAGUAGAAAAGCGAAAACUCAAGCAAUGGUUCCUGGGAAUUACAAAGUUUGCUCACAAACUACAAAAGGACUUGGAGCUUCUUAACGAGUGGCCUCAAAAAGUUAAAACAAUGCAAAAGAAUUGGAUAGGAGAGUCCUAUGGCACCGAAGUCGUCUUUCCAAUUUUCCAGAACGAUAAAGAUCAAAUAACUACCUUCACGACAAGAGUAGAAACUCUUUUCAGUGUCCAGUACAUUGCCUUAGCCACGACACACCCUCUGGUUGAAGAACUUGCAUCGUCCGACCCGGACCUGAAGAAUUUCCUGGAACUCGCGAAGUCCCUGCCGGAAGACUCCAAGCAAGGGUUCCUUUUGAAGAACACCAAUGCACUACAUCCGAUUACUUCCCAACUCAAUAUACCGAUAUUCGUUGCGCCCUACGUACUGAGCGGUUACGGUCAUGGUGCUGUUAUGGGCUGCCCGGCUCAUGAUGAACGCGAUUUUGCGUUCUGGAAACAGAACAUGCCCGAGAGUGAAGUCAAUGCAACCAUAUUUCCUGAAAAAGCCAGCUCUGAAGCCCAAUUGUCAUUACCUUAUUGCGAGAAAUCUGGCAUGUUGCACUGCCCGGGUACAGAGUUUGACGGCAUGGAUGCGAACAUUGCCUCGAAAGCAGUGACGAAGGCGUUGGAAGAAUUAGGAAGAGGAAAAGCGGCUGUAAACUACAAAUUGAGGGAUUGGUUAAUUAGUCGUCAAAGAUUCUGGGGCGCUCCGAUUCCAAUUGUACAUUGUGAUCAUUGUGGUACUGUCCCAGUCCCAUCAGAAGAUUUACCCGUGAGACUACCGGCAGUUGAUAACUUAGCUGCCAGAGGCAAUCCUCUAAAAAACCUGGAUAGCUUCGUAAACACAACCUGUCCUUCCUGUGGUUCCCCAGCUAAACGAGAGACCGAUACCAUGGAUACUUUCAUGGAUAGUUCGUGGUAUUUCUUCCGCUACACUGACCCAAAAAACACGGAAGAACCUUUUGGUAGCGAGAUUGCAUCCAAAUACCUGCCCGUGGAUCUCUACAUAGGAGGCGUUGAGCAUGCCAUCCUGCAUUUGCUUUACUCGCGUUUCAUAUCGAAGUUUCUUGCCGCCAUUGGAAAUUGGGAUGACAAGCAAGGUAGCGGGGAGCCUUUCAAAAGACUCGUCACUCAGGGGAUGGUACAUGGAAGGACUUUGGUAGACCCUGCAUCUGGGCGCUUUCUCAAACCUGACGAGGUAAUUACAACUGAUACCGACGGCCUCAUCAUCAAGGCUACGGGGCAGCAACCAUCAAUUGUUUACGAGAAAAUGUCCAAGUCGAAGCACAAUGGAGCUGACCCAGAUGAUUGCAUAGCAGUGCACGGUGCUGACGCGACGAGGGCGCACAUUCUCUUUCAAGCUCCGAUCGGAGACGUUUUGAACUGGGACGAAGCAAAAAUUGUUGGUGUUGAGCGCUGGUUGAGAAAAGUUAUAAAGCUUGCGCGCAGCUUAAGUUCCGAGCGAUCAUUAGAAACAUCUACCAUUGAAACGCCAGCUCCAAGCGACAAAGAUCUUGAAUUUCACAAUGAAGUACAAAAGCUGCUUCAGAGUAUAACGUCCUCCUUCACGCAUUCUUUGUCAUUGAAUACCGUAAUAUCUGAUUAUAUGAAGCUCGCAAACUUGAUUGAAAACGCUCACAGGGCCAAGGCUGUCAGCCACGACUUGUUGACAAAAUCAUUCAGAAUUUUAGUGACUUCGAUGUAUCCAGUUACACCGACAGUCGCUGAAGAGGCUCAUGAGAUUAUUUGUCGGAACAAAGAGCUGGCCUGGAAUCUUUACUCCUGGCCUACGGCGGAGAACGUUCGGGAAUCGGAGCUCGUUGAUUACCGAGUUGUGAUCAAUGGAAAGAUGCGUUUUACGCAUAACGCGGACAAGUCGUUCAUUGAAGACCAGGACUAUGCAAUAAGAACGCUACUUGCUUUGCCCAGCAGUCAAAAGUAUUUUGCUGAGAAAACCAUCAAGAAAGUCAUAGUGAGAAAUAAGGUUUUUAGUUUCGUUGUCACUUAG